GAACAAGAGGCAGAAGAACAAGCUGCAGAAGAGCAGGCAGAACAGGACUGCUGUGCUCAUGAGGAAGAGGAGACCAUAUGUCUCGAGGAGCACAAGAAAUACAAAGUGAAGUCCAUGCUGAUCUGUGACAUCAAAGCCCCCAUGGGACCAGUCAACAUCCCCACCCCUUAUGCUUUGCACAAACUCCUCAAAGGAGAAUAUUGCAAGUUAUAUUUCUUCACCAAUGUGGGACUAGCAGAAGCAGAAUCAUACAACCCCUCUGUAGAUGACAAAGCUUUAACACUACUGAAAACUGACAAUGGUCCACACCUCUGGGUGCCUACCUCCUCAACCAGAGACAAAUCCACAAUCAUCAAAGAUGAGGACCUCACCUGGGAACAAUUCAGAGAAGCAGCUAUCUGCAUGAUCAAUGUGAUGAGGGAUCAUGACUGGCCAGAAGAGAGUGUAAAGAUGCACCUCAAAUUCUGGAUGGCAAUUGAAAGUCACCCUUGGUGUCACUCAUUGCAUGAGCAUUACAAAUGUGCUCUACUACUCUAUCAAAGCCAACAAUGCCAGUGA